AUUGUCCUAGGGUUGUAGGUUUAUGUAAUUGGAUUUUUUUUUUCUCCUUUUAGAAAUUGUUAUUUGCUCUUUAGUAGUUCCGAAUUUGGGGGAUUUUUUGGGUAAAUUAAUGCUUUCCAGAGUUAUCAACGCAUGUGUAUUCGUGUUUUUGUUCUUGAGAUGUGAAUGCGGUUACUCUGUUGGACUCUGAUACCAGCUCUGUUUCUUUUUUGUCACUGUUUCUUUGGUCAUUAAACUGUUUCUUUGGUGGAUUUUCUUUUGUGGAUUUUCUUUUUUUGAUUGUUUGGUGGGAUAAACGUGUUAACUUGGUUCUGGAUGAAGAGUGAGCUUUUCAUUGAUUUAAAUACCUCUGUGGUAACCUUAAGAGGAUAUCGAGACUGUGUGAUACUGUAGUACAAACUUGAGGCGCUUCUUUCUGCUGGUGAAUCUUUUAUUGCAGCCAACAGGUUGGGUUUUUAAAGAUGGCGAACCUUGCAAUUACUGGUAUACUUGAAAAGAUGACAGGAAAGGAUAAGGAUUACAGAUAUAUGGCGACAUCUGAUUUGCUCAAUGAGUUAAACAAGGAGAGUUUCAAAGUUGACAGUGAUCUGGAGUCCAAGUUGGCUAAUACAGUUCUCCAACAGCUUGAUGAUAUGGCUGGUGAUGUUUCUGGUUUAGCUGUUAAAUGCGUGGUUCCCUUGGUGAAGAGAAUCAACGAACAAGUAGUAUUGGACAUGGCCAGUAAGCUUUGUGAUAAGCUACUCAACGUGAAAGACCAACAUCAUGAUAUUGCUAGCAUAGCUUUGAAGACAGUUGUUUCUGAAGUUCCAUCACUCUCUUCUACACAAGCUGUUCUUGUGACCAUUACUCCUAAGUUGAUUAAAGGAAUCACUGGUCCUGCAAUGAGCACAGAGAUAAAAUGUGAAUGUCUUGACAUUUUAUGUGAUGUUCUUCACAAAUAUGGGAAUUUGAUGGCCUCUGAUCAUGAGCCUUUGUUAGCUGCAUUACUUCCUUUGUUAAGUUCCAAUCCAGCUACAGUUAGGAAGAAGGCUGUCUCAUGCAUUGCAUCAUUAGCUUCAAGUUUGUCAGAUGAUUUGCUAGCAAAGGCUACUGGUGCUGUUGUCACUCUUUUAAAAAAUAAGUCUUCAAAACCUGAGAUGACACGGACUAACAUCCAGAUGAUUGGAGCCUUGAGUCGAGCUGUUGGCUAUCGUUUCGGUUCCUACCUUGGAGAUACUGUUCCACUUUUAAUCAAGUAUUGUACAAGUGCAUCAGAGAAUGAUGAGGAGCUUCGUGAAUAUAGCUUGCAGGCACUGGAGAGCUUUUUGCUGAGAUGCCCCAGAGAUAUUUCUUCUUACUGUGACGAAAUUCUCCAACUUACAUUGGAAUUUCUUAGCUAUGAUCCUAAUUUUACCGACAACAUGGAGGAAGAUACUGACAAUGAAGGCUAUGAGGAGGAAGAGGAUGAUGAGAGUGCCAAUGAGUACACAGAUGAUGAAGAUGCAAGCUGGAAAGUUCGAAGGGCUGCAGCGAAAUGCUUGUCAGCAUUAAUUGUUUCUCGUCCUGAGCUGCUUGGGAGGUUAUACGAAGAGGCUUGUCCAAAAUUGAUUGAAAGAUUCAAAGAAAGGGAAGAGAAUGUAAAGAUGGAUGUUUUCAAUACUUUUAUUGAGUUGCUGCGACAGACUGGAAAUGUUACCAUAGGGCAAAUGGAAUUUGAUGAAUCAAGUCCUAGAUGGUUACUGAAGCAAGAAGUACCUAAAAUUGUUCGAUCCAUCAAUAGGCAGUUGCGUGAGAAGUCUGUUAAAACAAAGGUUGGUGCAUUCUUAGUCCUGAAAGAACUUGUGGUGGUGCUGCCUGAUUGCCUGGCCGACCACAUUGGUUCACUUAUUCCUGGAAUUGAGAAAGCAUUACUUGAUAAGUCUUCUACCUCAAACUUGAAGAUUGAGGCUCUUACUUUCACACGAUUGGUUUUGGCUUCACAUGCACCUUCUGUUUUCCAUCCUUACAUCAAGGCCAUAUCAGCUCCUGUUAUAUCUGCUGUUGGUGAGCGUUACUAUAAAGUUACUGCUGAAGCACUAAGGGUAUGUGGAGAACUUGUGCGCGUCGUCAGACCAACUGUUGAGGGUUCUGGUUUUGAUUUCAAACCCUAUGUUCAUCCAAUAUACAAUGCUAUCAUGGCACGUUUGACAAAUCAAGAUCAAGAUCAGGAAGUCAAGGAGUGUGCUAUUACUUGUAUGGGGCUUGUUGUGUCAACAUUUGGUGAUCACCUCAAGGUCGAAUUACCCGCAUGCCUUCCUGUGCUUGUGGAUCGAAUGGGGAAUGAGAUAACUAGGCUUACUGCUGUGAAGGCAUUUGCUGUAAUUGCUGCAUCUCCACUGCACUUGGACUUAUCAUGUGUUCUAGAGCAUGUGAUCACAGAGUUAACUGCGUUCUUGAGGAAGGCUAAUCGGGCACUGAGACAGGCUACUCUUGGAACUUUGAAUACCCUGAUUGUUGGUUAUGGUGAUAGGAUUGGUUCUGCUGCUUAUGAAGUCAUUGUUGUGGAACUCUCUACCUUGAUAAGUGACUCGGACUUGCAUAUGGCUGCACUUGCCCUGGAACUAUGUUGCACUUUGAUGUCUGAUAAGAGGUCAAGCCCUAAUGUGGGUUCCACUGUCAGAAACAAGGUUCUUCCCCAGGCUCUAACUUUGGUGAGGAGCUCAUUGCUUCAGGGGCAGGCACUUCAGGCUUUGCAAAACUUUUUUGCUGCCAUGAUUUAUUCUUCAAACACAAGCUUUGAUGUGCUGCUAGAUUCUCUCAUUUCAACAGCUAAAACAUCUUCACAGGCUGGAGGAGUUGCUAAACAGGCUUUAUUUUCCGUGGCUCAAUGUGUAGCCGUUCUUUGCCUUGCUGCAGGAGACCAGAAAUGUUCUUCUACUGUUAAGAUGCUUACGAAAAUCUUGAAAGACGAUAGCAGCUCGAAUUCGGCCAAAAAACAUCUUGCCUUACUUUGUUUGGGAGAGAUUGGGAGGAGAAAAGAUCUAAGCUCGCAUGCCCAAAUAGAGAAUAUUAUUAUCGAAUCGUUCCAAGAUUCUUUUGAAGAAAUAAAAUCAGCUGCAUCUUAUGCUCUUGGGAACAUUGCUGUUGGUAAUUUGUCAAAAUAUUUGCCGUUCAUCUUGGAUAAAAUUGAUAAUCAGCAGAAGAAGCAGUAUUUAUUGUUACAUUCCUUGAAGGAGGUUAUUGUGAGACAAUCAGUGGAUAAAGCUGAAUUUCAGGAAUCAAGUGUUCAGAAGAUACUUAAUUUGCUCUUUAACCAUACUGAAAGUGAGGAAGAGGGUGUCCGCAAUGUUGUGGCUGAGUGCCUAGGCAAAAUUGCGCUUAUUGAACCCCAAAAACUUGUUCCAGCACUUAAGGACCGAACAACUUGUUCAGCGGCAUUUACCCGAGCUACUGCUGUGAUUGCCAUUAAAUAUGCUAUAGUUGAGCGACCAGAGAAAAUAGAUGGGAUUCUACACUCUCAAAUUUCAUCAUUCCUAAUGCUUAUCAAGGAUCAGGAUCGGCAUGUUCGUCGGGCAGCUGUUUUGGCGUUAAGUACAGCAGCUCAUAAUAAGCCAAACUUGAUAAAGGGUCUCCUGCCUGAACUUUUACCUCUACUUUAUGAUCAGACAAUAAUCAAGCAAGAAUUAAUUAGAACAGUUGACUUGGGUCCUUUCAAGCACACAGUAGAUGAUGGGCUUGAGUUGAGGAAAGCAGCUUUUGAGUGUGUGGACACUUUAUUAGACAGUUGUCUAGAUCAAGUUAAUCCAUCAUCUUUUAUUGUUCCUUACCUCAAAUCUGGUCUAGAUGAUCACUAUGAUGUUAAAAUGCCAUGUCAUCUUAUCCUCUCAAAGCUUGCUGAUAAGUGCCCCUCUGCCGUAUUAGCAGUUUUGGAUUCAUUGGUAGAUCCUCUGCAAAAGACUGUUAGUUUCAGGCCAAAACAGGAUGCGGUCAAGCAAGAAGUUGAUCGAAAUGAAGACAUGAUUAGGAGCGCCCUUCGUGCAAUUGCAUCAUUGAAUCGCAUUAGUGGAGGUGACUGUAGCCACAAAUUCAAGAACCUCAUGACCGAAAUUUCAAAAUCUCAACCGCUUUGGGAUAAGUAUUGUUCGAUUAGAAAUGAGUGA